AUGCCAAAACGUUUCGCCGUGGUUGAAACUCACGUAGCAUGCGCAAUCCAACUCAGUCCAAAACAAGUACCAAAUGUUGACGUUACUUUUUCACGUACUGUUAUUUUAUUCAAAUUUCCGGCAAUUAAUAGAGCAAAAACUGUGAUCAAAGAUUUCAAUCAGUCACGUAGUUUUUGGAUGGAGCAAAGAUCUCGUGAAAUGAGGAAUAAAGAUAAAACUUCGUCAGAUUCACCUAGAAAUUCAAUUUUAGAUGCAACGAACAAUUUAGUUAUGAAUAUUACUAUAUUGUUUCGCGAUCGAAGUGUGGUUUGUAUUCCACUUUACAGUAAUAAAAACCGUCCAUUCACGUCGGCUUUGCUAUUUGGAUUAAAAGAUGCGGAAGUGGGCGUGAGUCUACUCGGCAAAACCAAAGCUGAAACCAAAUUUACAGAUUUCAAAAUUGUUUUUGCGGAAAAUUUUGAACACUCAAUGGACGAAUGUUGGAUUAAUGGUCAAGAAACAACGCCAACUAAUUUUAUGCUUUUCCCACGUGGUAUCUGUGAAUUUCAUCUCAAUACAGUAAAAAGUGAAAGAACUCAACGUCGACGUUUGAUUGCAUCAGUUCAUUGCUCAAUAAAAGGAUUAACUUUUGACCUUGAUAGCAGCAUCGGAAACUUAAUAGGUGCUGUGAAGAGUACUUGUUCAGCAGUUGAUGAUGAUCAAGACCUAGAUCCGAGUGAAUACAAAUCCGUGAAGACUUGUUUAGACGAAGUUGCAUACAAUGAUGACAUUGAUUCUAAAAGCGAAUUCGCAUCACUAGUCAAACUAGAAAGUAGAAUUCGCUGGGUGGAGAACAAAAUUUUCGAACAAACACGAAAGCUGACGGGAAUACGUUUGCAAAAACCAACGGAUGCCACGUACGAAUGGGAAUUACGACGUUUGAAGAAACUGCAAUUAGUUCGAGUGAAGCAAUUCAAGGAAUCAAUGCUCGAUCGUUUGAAGCGAAAUAAACUUCGAGAAAAACACUUUAAAAAAACAAACGUUAUCAAAACUAAGCUAGAAGAUGUAGGAGAAGGUGAAGAAGAAGCAAACGAAGAAUCAGUGUCAGUUACCGGGGAAUUAUCGACGGAAUCUGUUAAAGAUUCAGCAGUUUUGAAGCCACCAAGUAAUAUUGCAGCUGGCACAGCAUUACGGCAACUUGAAAUGAUUGCUGAGAUGAAAGAUAACAUCGCAAGAGAUGAUAACGUCAUUAAUGAUAAGCUUGCGAUAGGAUUUGAUAUGCGAUUUUUCGGUGAAGCUGGCGAAUGUACGCUACGAAAUAGAACGUUAACGGAUGCUAUGAGUACUGGUAGUACGCUUAAUGUCGACAAAAGAAGUUCAAAAGACAAGAAUACAGAGUUCACGCGAAUGUCACUGCCAAGCCUAGAAGCAAAAGCAUAUUAUUCUUCUGAUGAUAUCAUCAAAAAACCACAAACUAUAAUAAAAUCAAAACAAUCACUGAAAAAGGCCGGAAAUCUGAUGCCGUCUUUGUACAUCUCUGCGAAUGUCGCUAAUAUGCCGCAGGAGACAACUUUCACUCCACUUAUCGCAGACUUUUUGCAGGAGUUUCUAGAAACAUUACCACAUAACAUGCCACUUCAGGCUUUGAUCGGAAAAAUACCAAAUAUAAAACGUCAAACAAAAAGCUGUGUUUUUCAGCAUGAAAACGAAACUGACACAUUUAGCAUGACGGAUACGGAAUCAUUACUGACUGGGAUUGAUUCUAAAUUGAUGGUCAACAUUUUACUAGCCAUUACAAUUCAGUCAAGUGCUAUUCGUUUCGAGGCUCGUCAGCAGCGACUUGGCGCUAUGGAUUUAUUAUUACAGUUACCAUCUUUGAAGCUUAUUGCUUCAUGUAGAAACAGUACUGUCAAGAAUGAUUUGCAUGUUUCAUUAUGUUUACGAUCUUUUUCGGUUUGUUUCUACAACCCUCAUCAGCCUUCUCCAUUAGAUGCGUUGUCGCUUACAUUGGAUAGAUUCAUGGUUGCCAUCUCUCGUUCAAGCGUACUUUUAUACAGUUCUACGCACGUGAAGAUAGCUAGCAUAAUUGAUAUUGGUCAAGCAACUUUUACAUAUGAUAUGCGUAAACUUUCUGAACUGAUCGCUUUCCCACGUCCGUGGUAUCGUAAAGCUAUCGCGCAGCGUUUACUUCUCGGACGUAAUCAAUCAACAAAAGCUGCAUCCACAACUCAUUCAUCAUCUUCGCGACCAGGAACUAAAACAAAGAAUAAGUUAGUGCUUGAAGCAUCAGUGAAAGUUAAGUGGGAAGCCUUCAAUGCUAAAAUUCAAAUGUCCAGUGCUAUGGCGUUUUGGUACAAAUUUCAGCUUCAUCCUUCUGUAGAACGAAAAUUAAAUAUUCAUUUUGCUUUGGGGCUUAUGACUCAUGAAGCUAGCGGUGGUGCCAUCUCAGGAACUCUACGAAUGACAAAUACAGCAUAUUAUUUUACUUGGACUUCCCUCGAUAACAAGCCAUCAUCGUUUUCAUCAAAAAUUAACUUUACCGAAUUAGAAAUGCGAAUUAAUUGGAUGAGUCGAACAGUUGUUGUAGCUAUCUUUGAUCAGCCAUCGCUGUUGAUCUACGAUGAAUGGAAGUUAUAUUAUGACCAGGAAGGAAAAGAACAAAUACGUGACAGUCAAGCGUUUCUUACGACUACGAGCACCACGUCAAAAGUAAUAAAUACUGUAAAAUCGCCAAAAAUGUUUCAUUGGGCAAAAGUCUUAGAUUUGGUCACAGAUAUUCAAAUGGGAAGUCUUGUUUUUCCCCUGCCAAAUGCUAAAAAUGGCAGUACUAUUGUUGGUGCACGACUUGUAUUUGCCGGAGAACAAGCAUCUCUUGUUCUUAUGGACGGGGAAAUUACGGCUAAUCGUUUUUUUUUCUUUAGAUGGGCAUUGUUUUAUUUAAAUCAUCCAACGUUAAUUUUUUCAAAUAUUGCGCAGUAUGCAUUUAUUGAUGAAAAACAAACUGUUGGCAUCGAUUUGAGGGAAAAAUUUUUGCUAAAAUUAAGCGGCUUAACCAAGCAAACUAAAUUACAUAGCAAUCAGUGGACAAGUGCUAUUUGCAAAGCUGAACGCCGUCAAGGGCAAACUUGGCCAAAACAAUCAACCGUUCGAGAGUGUCUAAUGAGUCGCAUUGAUGAUGCCUUGACGGAACUGUUCUCCCCAAGUCAAGACUCAAACAAACCAUUAGUCCUUGAAUUAUUCGAAUUGCCCGCAUUGGAUUCUGUCUUCACAAGUUUUCAAAAAGUAUCCAUUGACUGCGAUGAACUACGCAAUGUUAAAUCUAAAGUAGUAUCUAGUCUAGUGUGUGAUUUUCAUUAUGCUCUUGGAGUUCAAACAGAUUUCACGGCACAAGUUAGCUUCUUACCUGAACUGUUACGGUCUUACUUGAUCGAAAUGGUACGACAUCAGAUUAAUUUACCUGGAAACGUAUUAUUCUUACACCAGGACAAAAGAAAUCAAGAAGAAUCAAAAAAGUUAUCAAACAAACAAGGUGACGAGCAGAUCAAAUGUGAUCAACGUCAAUAUAUUUGUAAAGAGUGGAAAGUUGAUCCGAAAUUGCGCUUUAUCGAUAAAGUAAAGUGGGAUCCACCGGUUAUCGAUGAUAUUCUUCGCAAGUUACAAAUUUUUGAUCACAGAAAUACAAUACCAAAAGUAGUACAAAGACAUGCCCUCGACCAGUGCGAUGUAUUCGCAUCGAAAGCAUUGUUUCUCACAGUGAAAACUGCAAAAGACGCAUCCAUAAAAACUAACGUAAAAUCACGCCGAAAUCCACCAGACGCCAUGCGUUGA